AUGGAGGGUUUGACUGAAACUAUUCUGAAGCAGCGAGAGACACUCAGUAUCAUGGCCCAGGAUUCCACCCAAUCAGAGUCUCAGCUCCAUCUAAACCUGAGUCUCAGCUCCAGUCUCAGCUCCAGUCUCAGCUCCAGUCUCAGCUCCAGUCUCAGCUCCAGUCUCAGCUCCAGUCUCAGCUCCAGUCUCAGCCUGAGUCUAAACCUGAGUCUAAACCUGAGUCUAAACCUGAGUCUAAACCUGAGUCUAAACCUGAGUCUAAACCUGAGUCUAAACCUGAGUCUAAACUUGAGUCUAAACCUGAGUCUCAGAUCCAGUCUCAGCUCCAGUCUCAGCUCCAGUCUCAGCUCCAGUCUCAGCUCCAGUCUCAGCCCGAGUCUCAGCUCCAGUCUCAACCCGAGUCUCAGCUCCAGUCUCAGCUCCAGUCUCAGCUCCAGUCUCAGCCCGAGUCACAGAUCCAGUCUCAGCUCCAGUCUCAACCCGAGUCUCAGCUCCAGUCUCAGCUCCAGUCUCAGCUCCAGUCUCAGCUCCAGUCUCAGCUCCAGUCUCAGCUCCAGUCUCAGCUCCAGUCUCAGCUCCAGUUUCAGCUCCAGUCUCAGCUCCAGUCUCAGCUCCAGUCUCAGAUCCAGUCUCAGCCCGAGUCUCAGCUCCAGUCUCAGCUCCAGUCUCAGCUCCAGUUUCAGCUCCAGUCUCAGCUCCAGUCUCAGCCCGAGUCUCAGCUCCAGUCUCAACCCGAGUCUCAGCUCCAGUCUCAGCUCCAGUCUCAGCUCCAGUCUCAGCCCGAGUCUCAGCUCCAGUCUCAACCCGAGUCUCAGCUCCAGUCUCAACCCGAGUCUCAGCUCCAGUCUCAGCUCCAGUCUCAGCUCCAGUCUCAACCCGAGUCUCAGCUCCAGUUUCAGCUCCAGUCUCAGCUCCAGUCUCAACCCGAGUCUCAGCUCCAGUCUCAGCUCCAGUCUCAGCUCCAGUCUCAGCUCCAGUCUCAGCUCCAGUCUCAACCCGAGUCUCAGCUCCAGUCUCAACCCGAGUCUCAGCUCCAGUCUCAACCCGAGUCUCAGCUCCAGUCUCAACCCGAGUCUCAGCUCCAGUCUCAGCUCCAGUCUCAACCCGAGUCUCAGCUCCAGUCUCAACCCGAGUCUCAGCUCCAGUCUCAGCUCCAGUCUCAACCCGAGUCUCAGCUCCAGUCUCAGCCUAAGUCUCAGCUCCAGUUUCAGCUCCAGUUUCAGCUCCAGUUUCAGCUCCAGUUUCAGCUUGAGAAUCAAUCAGAAAUUCAGAGUGUACUUUCCGACUCGAGUAGCCACCACUCAGAAUAUUCCUUUUCGGACGUCCCCUGAUCUCUCCAAAGCAGUGGGAAUGGAUGGUGUUCAACACAUCAAAGAAAGCCUUGACUGA